AUGUUAUCAAAACUACAGAUUGUGUUGGUGGCACUGAUGGCCUUUAUUGCCAUAGCCCAUUCAACUACAUUAACAGCAUCACCAUCUGUACUAAAGACUUCUGGUGAUGAUGUUACCAUCACUUGGAAGGACGUCACUACACCAUCAGAGGACGAUGUCAUCGCCAUAUACUACCCAGUAGACUCUGACAUCACAUCUCCAAUCGGCUACGUCAAGAUGACCACUUCAUCAACAUGGGCAAAGGGAUUCGGAUCAGUCACUGUACCAUUGGUAAACACUAGAGCAGAGUACAACUUUAGAGUCUGGGUGCCAGGCACUAAAGCCCCCACCAUGAAGGUGGCCGGAAAGACUUUGGAGUUGGCCGCCACAUCGAAUGGCGUCAACUUUGAGAACCCAAAUGCACCGGGCAAGGUAUACCUGGCGCACUGCAACUACACCAGCGAGAUGCGUGUCGUAUGGAUCAGUGGCUCCGACGACACUCCCUACGUCUACGUCGGCAACUCGCCCAGCAACAUCACCACCAAGUUCACUGGCGACUCGUUCACCUACUCCAUCGGUGACAUGUGUGACGCCCCAGCCAACGACCCCAAGUACUUCAAGGACCCCGGCUACUUCCACGAUGUCAAGCUCGAGCAUCUUGAGGAGAACACCGAGUACUUCUACUAUGUGGGCAGCGAGAAGGACGGCAACUCACAGGUCUACAGCUUCAUCUCUUCGCCAUACGUAGGAAGUGAGGCUUACUUCAUUGCCUUUGGCGACCUCGGUGUCAACACACCAUUCAUUGCCGCCACGUCCGACAUGCAGACACCCGCACCAAAGACCGUGGCCAACAUCUACCAGACCAUAACGGCGCCAUUCUCCAACUCGCCACUGGCCCAGAAGUUGGGCAAGAAGCCAACCAACGGUCUCAACACCCCACCAUCAUGGUCGAUCCUGCACAUUGGUGAUAUCUCCUAUGCUCGUGGCUACGCCUUCAUCUGGGACUACUUCCAGGAGUACAUGACUGAGAUUGCCUCGCGUGCACCAUACAUGGUGACCAUCGGCAACCAUGAGUACGACUUCCCCAAGCAACCAUUCAAGCCAUCGUGGUCCGACUUCAACACAGACAGCGGUGGUGAGUGCGGUGUCCCCUUUAGCAAGCGCUACCACAUGACUGGAGCCGAGGGCACUCCACAGAGGAACGUCUACUAUUCCUACAACAACGGACCAGUCCACGUCACUGUCAUGUCCAUGGAGCACGACUUCCUCGUGGGAUCGCUACAGUACCAAUGGCUGGAGGAGGACUUGAAGAACGUCGACCGCUCGGCCACCCCCUGGGUCGUCUUCACUGGCCAUCGUCCAAUGUAUGACAGCGCCCGUCCAGGCGGCGCCAUCGGCAUGAUGGAGCACCUCCAGUCGGACAUUGAGCCACUGUUGGUCAAGUACGACGUCAACAUGUGUCUCUGGGGCCACGUCCACGUCUACGAGAGAAUGUGUGGCAUGGUCAAGGGAGAGUGCGCCAAGAGCGACAACGACGCACCUGUCCACGUGUUGAUCGGUAUGGCCGGUAACACCUACCAGACCGUCUGGAACGGAGACGACAUCAACAGCCAGGGCGAGGGACACGAGGACCAGCCAAGCUACUCAGUCUUCCGCGCCAUCAACUAUGGCUACACAAGAUUCUACGCCAACACCACCGACCUUUACUUUGAGUUUGUCGGCAACAACAGAAACAUUGUCCACGAUAACUUCUGGUUGAAGAGCAAGUACUCCAUCAAUCAAUAA